UAAAAACUAUGCCAUAUAAUCAACGGUUCUCAAAAUUAAUUCGAAUUAUCCAAUAAAUUCCAUCAAAAUUCAAAAUAAUUUAUAUUAAAUACUUAGUUUAUUUAAUUGAUUUCAAGGGGGAAAAAAAAAAGAAAAUAGAAAUUGAAAUAACUGCAAGAACCUGCAACAGCCACAUACACUGACACACACACACACACACAACACGCACUAUCCAUGGCUGCCUCCACCAUGUUCCUCUUCCCACCCAAUCUCUCCAACUCUCUCUCUUUCUCCUCUCGCGCCGCCCCAUCUCUCUUCCCUCUCUCCCGAACCCACUCCACCUUCUCCUCCUCUGCCGCCGCAGCUUCACGAGCCGCCGCCGGCAAACCCGCCGUAGUCGACGUCUCCGCCUCGUCCCGCGCGCUCCAGGCACUGAUAUUCGACUGCGACGGCGUGAUUCUAGAGUCCGAGCACCUCCACCGCCAAGCUUACAACGAUGCCUUCGCGCAUUUCAACGUCCGCUGCCCGUCCUCGCCGUCAUCUUCGCCGCUCAAUUGGAGCGAAGAGUUUUACGACGAGCUGCAGAACCAAAUUGGAGGAGGCAAACCUAAAAUGCGAUGGUAUUUUAAGGAGCAUGGUUGGCCAACUUCAACGAUUUUCGAUAAAUCGCCGGUGAAAGACGAAGAUAGAGCAGUAUUGAUUGAUGUUCUUCAGGACUGGAAAACCGAGAGGUAUAAAGAAAUAAUUAAAUCUGGAACAGUUGAGCCAAGACCUGGAGUUUUGAGAUUGAUGGAUGAGGCAAAAGCUUCUGGAAAAAAACUGGCAGUUUGCUCUGCUGCAACUAAAAGUUCGGUUAUCCUCUGUCUGGAAAAUCUGAUUGGAAUGGAGAGAUUCCAAAGCCUUGAUUGCUUCCUUGCAGGGGAUGAUGUCAAGGAGAAAAAGCCCGAUCCCUUGAUUUAUUUGACAGCUGUUGAGAGACUGGGCAUCUCAGAGAAGGAUUGCUUGGUCAUAGAAGAUAGUGUCAUCGGACUUCAGGCCGCAACUGGAGCAGGAAUGUCGUGUGUGAUCUCUCAUACACCAUCCACUGCUAACCAGGAUUUUAAAGAGGCAGCAGCAGUAUACCCUAACUUGAGCAAUGUCAGAUUGGCAGACUUAGAGGCAUUGCUUAAAAAUGUUGUUGCUGCAAAAUAAAUAAACAUUAUGCAGAAUUUUAAUCAAUAUUGUGGGAUUUUGAUAUUGUAAAAUCAAUGAGAAGGUACGAUAGCUUGGAUCCAUUAUGUUGUAAUAGUAGUCUUAGGCCGAACAAAUUGUGCAUAUUCUAUAAGAUUUUUCCGUUGAAAAAAAAAAAAAAAUGUGAAUAUACCAUACAUGAUUUUGAGUUUCCGAGUACUCGUGCUCAAGCCAUAUAGUGUAAACGAGCUGAGCUGAGCCGAGCAUCGGCCUUAUCGAGCUAAGUAAAUUAUAUUUAGGGUAUUUACAUUUAUACUCGCGUGGCUUCCCGAGCACUUGAGUUUAUAACAUUUCGGCUAGAGUUCGAAGUGCUCGAUUUCAAACUUUGCUUUGACUCGUGCAUGAGCUACUUGAUUCAUUUUCAUCCUUGUUUGGGCACAUAUUGAAUCCUGAUGCAAAUCUUGCUUGGUUAAG